AUGCUAGUCCGUCUCUCAACGGUGAGAACAGUCCGACUGGGAUACUUACAGUCUCAUGGGGGCCCAGAAGCAGGCUUCGUCAUGAUAUCGCUCCAAAACAAAAUCAUUUACGCCCCUUACUUCCCUCCAACCGCACGGUUCGAAAAGAUUGAAGAUUGGCACAGCAAGCUCUUUGGCAUCGAAUGGAAGGAGAUCCAUCUCCGUUCCAUCGAUGGGACUGAUCUUGCAUUGGCUGUUGCUACCGUCUCAUCAGAUGUUGACGAGUCAUUCCAACAGAGCCCGUCUCACCAUGUCUACGUACUCUACCUGCAAGGAAACGCCUCGUCGUUGCCGCCUCGCUUGCCGGAUCACUCCUGGAUACUGCGCAAGAUCAAGACAAGCUUCAAGGAAACAUAUCCUGGCUGCGGGAAAGUUCGGUUCACCCAGGUCGGUUUGAGUUAUCGUGGGUACUGGUCUUCUGCGGGGUCUGCAAACGAGACCGGUAUCAACCUAGACACGAUCGCUGCCGUGCAAUGGAUAUCUCAGCUGCACGAAAAUACGUACUCGUACUCCAAGAGCGGCGGGCAGGCUACGAGGCCUAUUCUGUUCGUUUGGGGGCAGAGUAUUGGAGCAGGCUUUGCUUCAAAUCUGGCCGCAUCGGGUCUGAUUCCGCCCCACCUCGAACCAACGGCCUUGAUAUUUGAAACACCAUUCUUGUCAAUCAAGGCCAUGCUCGCAUCAUUGUAUCCUGAGAGGUGGUUACCAUACAAGUACCUGCACCCUUUCCUGCGAAACUCCCUGGACAGCUACCACAAUCUCGGCACCAUUGCUGCGCACCGGGUGGGAAAGGGCAUCCGGCCACCUCGGAUUUUCAUACUCGAGGCUGGCAGAGACGAUAUCGUGCCUCCAAAUCACCCAAAGGAGUUGCAGGAACGAUGCAUGGAAUUAGACCUCCCGGUUGAGAGAGUCGUUGUCCCCGAGGCAUUUCACAGUGACGCAAUGGGCGGGCGUAUCAACGUGGCUCAUUUUAUCAUGAGGCAGACGGCAAAGAAUGUCUACGCAACAGGUUCAAAGAGUCCAGUAGCCGACUUGCCGUAG